AGAAUAUUCAGACUUGCAAGGUAAAAAACAACAACAGUUAUCUAAAGCUUAGUUGAGACAGAAACAGUGGUAAAGUUCCCCUUUUUUAAUAUUUGAUUUUUUCUUUUUUCUUUUUUUGCUUUAGCUGUUGUGGGGUUUUGUUUUCUUUCUAUUUCUUAUAUACAAAAUAUAAAGUAUGACACUUUACUCAUUAUUCUGCCCUGGCCUAAGUCUUGAGUCGAAUGGUUCCCUUGAUGCUUAACACCAUAGCUCUCAAUCAAUCAUUUUAGGCACCUGUGGGCUUAGAAAAUAAGAUAUUGAAGAUGGGUUUUCAAAGGAGAUAGCAAAUACCAGGUUAAAACAUUAAUACCAGUCUUUCUUUUGCUAUGGCUUUAGUGUUUUGAAGUUUUCGAUAUUCUCUUUGUUGGGUACAAAAAAGGUGCUCUUUUUUUUUUCUACAGCUAGGAAUAGGAGAAUCUCUAAAGAUUUUUGCUUUUUCUUUUUCUUUUUUUUUUUUAUCUUUCUUACCCUGUGAUUUGUUGUUGUUUGAUGAAGAAAUUUUUAGGUUCUUUACUAUUGUAGAUUACUGUUAAAUGCAUGUUUCAGGUAAGUUCAUAUAGUCUUUUUGCAUAAAAAUCUUUAGGAACUUAACUUUAGGGAGUUUAUGCCUUGUUUUUUCUUAAAAUAAUGCAUUGAGUUGGUGUUGGAAAUGGCUGAAAUUAGACUUCCUAAGGUAGAACAGGGUCAAACCAAGAUUAGAAAUGUUCCAAUUGCAGUGACCCCUGAAGGUUUUUGGUGUUGUCCAUCUCCUGUUGGGUUUCAAAAGACUCUUAAAUCACAAAAGCCUUUAAACAAGCCCAAACCCUCCUCCCCGCCACCUCAGGUUACUGCUCAUAAGAAGCAAAUCCCGGUAACCGAGAAGAAGCCGAUGACUACACCAAUAAAGCCAGCAGGUACUUAUGGUGAUCAAAGAACUUUUACUCCAGUUAAUCAUGGUAUUAGUGCACCAGUAGUUCCAGAGAGGGUGCCGAGACCUAAGGUAGAACAUGUGCCUAGGAAUGUGGCGAUCGAGUAUGGUGAACCAGGAACAAGUGAUAUGAAGGUGAUUCUACUUGGGAAGCAAGGGUUUUGUGUGAAAUUGAGUGUCCACAAGAAAGUUCUAAUGGAGCAUAGCUGUUUUUUUACUGAUAAACUUUCUGGACAAGAGCCUGGUUUGUCUUGUCUUGAAAUUGAUGACUGCGAGGAUGUUGAAAGUUAUGUCGAAACCGUGGGGUUGAUGUAUUGUAAAGAAAUGAAGCAGCGGUUAAUCAAACAAAGUGUUUCACGCGUGCUUCGCAUUCUCAAGGUUGCCGAACUACUUGGCUUUAACUCGUGCAUACAGUCAUGCUUGGAAUAUUUAGAAGCAGUUCCUUGGGUUGGCGAAGAGGAAGAAGACAAGGUGGUCUCUUCAGUUUUGCGACUCCAGGGUGAAGGUAUCGGGGUCACACCAGUAUUAAAACGCAUCUCCUCUAAUGUCACUAAUCCCCCUAAUGACACUAUUUCACACAUAAUGGAACUUGUUCUUAAAAGCAAUGAGGAGAGAGGACGGCGUGAAAUGAAAUCUGUAGUAUUGAAGCUUCUUAGAGAGAAUAAUAGCCUCCCGAGCUAUGGUGGUCCAGCCGACGUCUGCAAUGAAACAGUUUAUACAUUGUCCAGAAGUUGCUUGGAUUCACUUUUAUCUCUGUUCAAGCAAGCAGUUGAACUAGAACCAAGUGAUAAAUCCAUGGACAGCAGAGAACCUGUGGUGAAACAAAUAGCUUUGGAGGCAGAUAAUCUCUCAUGGUUGCUUGAGAUUUUGGCUGACAGGCAAUCAGCAGAUGAAUUUGCACUAAUGUGGGCUAGCCAGCAAGAAUUAGCAACAUUACAUUCGAAGCUUCCCAUUGUGUCUCGACACCAUGUUAGUUGCAUUACAGCUCGGUUAUUUGUUGGAAUCGGAAAAGGGGAGUUGCUACCAGCGAAGGACACUCGUCAGUUAUUGUUACAAACCUGGUUGCAACCAUUGAUCAAUGACUACAACUGGUUGCAACAUGGUUGCAGGUCAUUUGAUAGGAAAGUUGUGGAGGAAGGCAUCGGUAGGACGAUUCUCACUUUGCCUCUAGAGGAUCAGCAAAGUAUUCUGCUUACUUGGUUAGGAAGUUUUCUCAAGGCUGGCGACAACUGCCCCAAUCUUCAAAGGGCUUUUGAGGUAUGGUGGCGAAGAACUUUCAUUAGACCUUACUCAGAUGCCCAAGGCAACGUACCCCAGUCUGAUAGCUCAAUGGCAUCAAAGCAGCAAGACUAACCCUACGUAAAUCAAUAGCAAUAACCUUUUCUGUUUAGGGGAGCUUGCUUCAACUGAAAAAUAAUGAUAUACUGAACCAAAGACACGCUCCAGUAAGUACCAAGAGUUGACAGUGGCAAGUCUCCUUUGAUAUGGUGUGAUAUAACUGUUUCAUGUUUGAUGUUUUGUGCUAGAAUUCAUAUAUGGAAUGUAUGAAACAUGUGCUUUGAUUGUUUUGAUAUGGCAAUUUUCAUAAAGAAAUUAAAAUAUUAGAGUUUUGCUCCA